GUCAAAAGCCAGCGUGCUCAACCUGCACUCGAAUGGCACAACAGUGCGUGUACUCGCAUCGUGCUCUAUACCGUGCGCGUUCAAGUCAUGGGGCGGACGCCGGUAGGCGGGCCACGAAAGCCCGUACUCCAGCACGCAUUACAAGACUGGAGUCUCAAGUCAAUGGCAUAUAUAAUCUGCUCCAGAGACAAGGUACUUCCACUGGCCCUCCGAAUCACUCGACACGGCAUGACAAGAGCCAGCGCCGACCCCGGAACGACACAUUCAUUGCAAACGCUGACGACGGUGAUGGGGAAUCAUCCUACCAGGAAGGUGCUGAUGCUCAGGAUGGGCGCUCAUUCCUAAACAGCAUGCAAGCUAUGAUACUGUAUAGCCAUCUGGCAGAUGUCUAUCGAUCAUUUAUUCACCUACAGCCUCUUCCGUUGUUCGACGAAGAUCAGCUGCAUGGCGAAAUUACACAACAGCGUGGCCGCACGUAUUUGUUGCACGCUUUUUGUGCGCUCACUUUGGCCUUCUCUGAUCACGAGCUGUACAGAGACAAGCGAUCAGAGCUGGUUGCAGGUUUCGCAGAGUCCGCACGGCACAUGGUUCUGCCGUUGGCCGCUGAGGGAUCUUCGAGACUGGACGUGCUUCGAACACUUUGUCUUUUGGCGUUGACUGAAAUAAAAUUACAGGAUCCCACACGCGCGUGGAUGACGAUCGGAACGGCUGUGCAAUUGCAUGCGCUCCAAGCUUCGAUCAUUCCCUCAAUGAAGAUCCCGAGCCACGAUGAUCUGUCGGAACAAGCCCAAAGUCUGUCGCUCAAAAGUGCAUCUGCGAGAGUGGCAUGGUGUGUAUUGCUGCUGCAGCGUUGUUUCUUUCCAAAUAGUCCGGAGCAAGAUUAUUCUGCUCCGAAGUGGAUCCCAGGUCUCCCAAGCCACUCGUACCCACAUGCGAUUCUGGCAGCCAUGGGAGAUACGCUUGACGACGUGAAGCGAGAAGACAAAGACAUUGGCAUCAACGCAUAUGCAUGGGAGUGGAUGGCCGUAUCUGGUCGCGUCAUACAUUGGAUCCAUCGUCUGCGUCAACAAUUGACAGCUACGCCUUCAUUACGCACUAGUGUUCUCCCGGCAUGGGCGGAAGGCUCGUCAUACACGCUUCUGAAUAACCUGCUUUUCGAGACUGAGGCUAGGUUGCAUCCCAGACACUUACUUAGACACACAGGACCCCUGACUACGUGGACUUCGGCAGAACUCGAGCAGCACCGAGACUACUGGCGGCCAUGGCUGAUCAUGCAGAUCACAUCUCACGCGAUACCUGCUCUACUCAAUCACCCUUUCAUACAUAUACUAUUGUUGCGGAGUAAUGGCGGAAAUGAUGGUCGUUACCACUCGCGACAUUUUAUGCAGCAAGUGAUCGACCAGGCCCUUUUCCACUCGGGUUGGGUCUCUCGUCUGAUCGCGAUGCUACGCGACAGCGGUCUCGCCAUUUGCGAUCCCUUCAUCGGGCAUUUGGUCAUGGCGGUGGCCACUAUUCCAUGGUUCUUCCAGUUUGCUGAGGACGAGAAGAUUGUGAGCAGGGCAGUGGAUGAUCUCAGCAUUGCAAAAGGUUUCCUGGCUGGCCUCGCGGAACAGUGGCCUCACGUCGGCCGAAAGCUUGAACUAUUCGAAGAGCUCCAGUGCAGUGCUGCUGUUCAGACGGCACUACCUGCUGAAAGCGACGGGGUCAGGAAAGGAGCACUCGUUAAAUUCCGAUCAGCAUUGAUCUGGGAAUUGCUCGAUCCGACACCUAUGCGCCGCUCCUUCGACAACGAACUUGAUAAUCGCGCCAACGCCGAUGGCUGGAAGAGCGCUGACCAUAACGUUGACGACAGCUCGCUACCAAGCGCCACAAUACACGUAACGACUCGAUUUACACAGCCAGUCGAAGAUGACAGACCUAUUGGCACUGGCGAGACGAGAUCUUCGAUGAGCAAUGAAGGCGGAGAUGAGGCCAGCGUUGCGACCGUGCCAGCGACAAUACCCGUGACUGAUGAGAGCAUGAACUUUGUGCCUUUUUGGGACGAUGCGUUGGAUCAGCUCUCCAUGAACGAAUUGUUCCCUUCCUUCUUGGACAUGAACUGGAUGAAUCGAUAGCGGGAGUGCUGUCAUACUUGCUCGUUGGUCCACGAAAGCUCGGUCUCAUCUGAGAUCAUAAUUUCGCAACAGGCUCCACCGUCAGUGUUCCUGUCUUUGCAAUCAGGUACUCCUCAAUAGCGACCUGCAGACCGGCCUCUUUCCCGUAGCCUGACGAUUUGAUACCACCGA